AUGGACAGGCCGCAGAACGUUGGUAUCAAGGCUAUUGAGCUGUACUUUCCCACACAAUGUGUCGACCAGACCGAGCUUGAGAAGUUCGACGGUGUCAGCGCUGGAAAGUACACAAUUGGUCUUGGACAGACCAAGAUGAGCUUCUGUGACGAUCGCGAAGACAUCUACUCCCUGUGCCUCACAACCGUUACCUCCCUCCUCAAGAAGUAUGAGAUCGACCCAAAGAACAUUGGUAGGCUCGAAGUUGGCACAGAGACGCUCCUUGACAAGUCGAAAUCGGUCAAGACUGUCCUUAUGCAGCUUUUCGAGCCCCACGGCAACACGAACAUCGAGGGUGUGGACACAGUCAACGCCUGCUAUGGUGGAACCAACGCGCUUUUUAACACAAUCAACUGGAUGGAGUCCUCGGCAUGGGACGGCCGCAACGCGAUUGUGGUCAUGGGCGACAUUGCACUUUACAAACAGGGCAACGCUCGUCCAACAGGAGGUGCUGGCUGUGUCGCAAUGUUGAUCGGUCCUGAUGCGCCAUUGGCCUUCGAGCCAGGCCUUCGAGGCAGCUUCGUCAAGCACGCAUACGAUUUCUACAAGGCCGAUCUUACCAGCGAGUACCCCAUCGUGGACGGCCAAUACUCCAUCAAGUGCUACACCGAGGCAGUCGACGAGUGCUACAAGGCCUACAACGCAAGAGAAGAGCAGAUCAAGAGCAGAGCGAACGGACACGCGAAUGGCGUACACGAGGCUGAGACACCCCUCGACCGCUUCGACUACAUGUGCUUCCACGCACCUACAUGCAAGCUGGUCUCCAAGAGCUACGCACGUUUGUUGUACAACGACUACCUGAAGAACCCAGAGAACACGAUCUUCGCGGAUGUGCCUGCUGAGGUCAAGGACAUCAAGUACGAACAAUCAAUCACCAACAAGACCAUCGAGAAGACCUUCAUGGGUCUGGCGAAGAAGAGGUUCGCACAGCGCGUGCAACCCUCCGUCCAGGUCCCAACACAAUGCGGUAACAUGUACUGCGCAAGUGUAUACGGCUCGUUGGUGUCCCUCAUCAGCAACGUAUCUUCAGAAGAGCUCCAGGGCAAGCGCGUCACCAUCUUCUCAUACGGGUCUGGUCUCGCAGCAUCCAUGUUCUCGCUCAAGGUCCGCGGCAGCACAGAGACUCUGAAGCAGAAGGUUGACCUCCAAGCGAGGCUGGACGCGCGCAAGGUCGUGGCACCAGAAGUUUACGAUCAGAUGUGCAACCUGCGCGAGAAGGCCCAUCUCAAGAACAACUACACCGCCCAGGGUAAUGUGGAGGAUAUCCGCCCUGGUGUUUACUACCUCACGGAAGUGGACGACAUGUUCCGUCGCGCUUACCGGGUCAAGGACUAG